GUGUUAUUUGGAAGAUGGAGCCUCAAAGGGUGCCUGGCUGAACCGGUCAAGUAUUAUUUUUGCGGGAGGCGAUAAGUGGUCAGUGGAUCCUCGAGUUUCAAUUUCAACGUUGAAUAAAAGGGACUACAGCCUCCAGAUACAGAAUGUAGAUGUGACAGAUGAUGGCCCAUACACAUGUUCUGUUCAGACUCAACAUACACCGAGGACAAUGCAGGUGCAUCUAACUGUGCAAGUUCCUCCGAAGAUAUAUGAUAUUUCAAAUGAUAUGAUCAUCAAUGAAGGAACCAACGUCACCCUUACUUGCUUGGCCACUGGGAAACCAGAGCCUUCCAUUUCUUGGCGACACAUCUCCCCAUCAGCAAAACCAUUUGAAAAUGGACAAUAUUUGGACAUCUAUGGCAUUACAAGGGACCAGGCUGGGGAAUAUGAAUGCAGUGCAGAAAACCACGUGUCAUUCCCUGAUGUGAAGAAAGUAAAAGUCGUCGUAAACUUUGCUCCUACGAUUCAGGAAAUUAAGUCUGGCACCGUGACCCCUGGGCGCAGUGGAUUGAUACGAUGUGAAGGUGCAGGUGUGCCAUUUCCGGCCUUUGAAUGGUAUAAAGGAGAGAAGAAGCUCUUCAGUGGCCAACAAGGAAUUAUUAUUCAAAAUUAUAACACAAGAUCCAUUCUCACUGUUACCAAUGUGACGCAGGAGCACUUCGGCAACUAUACCUGUGUGGCUGCCAACAAGCUAGGCACAACCAAUGCGAGCCUGCCUCUUAACCCUCCAAGUACAGCCCAGUAUGGAAUUACCGGGAGCGCCGAAGUUCUUUUCUCCUGCUGGUACCUUGUGUUGACACUGUCCUCUUUCACCAGCAUAUUCUACCUGAAGAAUGCCAUUCUACAAUAAAUUUAAAGACCCAUAAAAGGCUUUUAAGGAUUCUCUGAAAGUGCUGAUGGCUGGAUCCAAUCUGGUACAGUUUGUUAAAAGCAGCGUGGGAUAUAAUCAGCAGUGCUUACAUGGGGAUGAUCGCCUUCUGUAGAAUUGCUCAUUAUGUAAAUACUUUAAUUCUACUCUUUUUUGAUUAGCUACAUUACCUUGUGAAGCAGUACACAUUGUCCUUUUUUUAAGACGUGAAAGCUCUGAAAUUACUUUUAGAGGAUAUUAAUUGUGAUUUCAUGUUUGUAAUCUACAACUUUUCAAAAGCAUUCAGUCAUGGUCUGCUAGGUUGCAGGCUGUAGUUUACAAAAACGAAUAUUGCAGUGAAUAUGUGAUUCUUUAAGGCUGCAAUACAAGCAUUCAGUUCCCUGUUUCAAUGAGUCAAUCCACAUUUACAAAGAUGCAUUUUUUUCUUUUUUGAUAAAAAAGCAAAUAAUAUUGCCUUCAGAUCAUUUCUUCGAAAUAUAAUACAUAUCUAGAUUUUUCUGCUCGCAUGAUAUUCAGGUUUCAGGAAUGAGCCUUGUAAUAUAACUGGCCGUGCAGCUCUGCUUCUCUUUCCUGUAAGUUCAGCAUGGGUGUGCCUUCAUAAAAUAAUAUUUUUCUCUUUGUCUCCAACUAAUCUAAAAUGUUUUGCUAAAUCCUACCAUUUGAAAACAAAAUUAAACCACAGUGAUAAAGCUAAACUAUACCCUAUCUCUAAAGAACAAAGGAGGUAUUAGACUGUAAACUCUUCUUCUUCGUUAUCAGUGGGGUUCUAGAAUUCUCCCCACAAUAACUCAAUUUCUGUGAUGAAAACAGUUUAAUAACAUCGUACCGUAGAUGUACCACAUGAUUUCGUUAGUUGUAGCUAAGUGUGAGAUCCACUGUGGGAAAUCAUUCCCUCCAAAAUGAUAGCACAGUCCAUUCCAGGGCUUGCCUAGCAAUACAGCAUCUUCUCCUUUCAUUGUCUAAAUCAGUUUUUAAGAUGGUUUGUCAGAAAGAACACAAAGUCUUAUUACCUAAUAUUGCAUUCGUUGGUAAGCACUCAAAAUUAAUUUGGUUUUGUGGUAGGUAAGCUAGUAUGACAGAGACAGUGCUCCCCUGAACAGGAGCAUUUUGCAUAUUUUCCAUCUGAAAACAUCACUCAAUUGAUACUCUGGAUGCAUGUUAUAUUUUUAAAAAAUUAGCUCCAAAAUAUAAUAAAUAUUCCACGUUGGUAUGCAGCAGAUCAAGCAUGGAAAUAAUUAAAUAAAUCCUCAAUAAAAUCUUCCUCUAUAACUAUUUCAGUUCAAAGAAGUGAAGCUUAAAAAAAAAAAUCAUGCUCUGUUUCUUCUUACAUUUUAAAUGUAAGAUGUGAUCAAAUGACAAUAAGACACAGUGAUGAGACUACCUUAAGCUAUAUUAAUUAUUAAAUUAUUGCAAAAAUUAAAUUAUUUCUAUUAUAAAGAUGGAAAACGACAUUUGAGAAGGAAAAUGCUGUGACUCUAAAUAUUAUAUUACAGGAAUAGUUUGAUGGUUUUACGCUUUACUAAAGAAAGAUCAUAGCCUUGAAAGCCAUUUUACAGGUUUGAUGAAGUUACUAGCUUCAACACAAAUUUCUACAAAUAGACCCCAUUUGCAAGUCAUAACAGCAAAGAUCAUACUAAUAAAAUUAUAAGAAUAUAAAAAACUUUACAGAGGUUGUACAUAUUUAAGAUAUCUAAUAUUUUGCCCUAGAAGGGAGAGCUUGAAAAUGAUCAUUUUCCAAGUAAAAUUUAGUCCCAAAGUACACUAUAAAUCCAUUUUAAUUAGAAAAGUGAAUCUUAAAUGAGGGGGCAUAAAUAUAUCAUCUUUCCACAAAAUGGCAAUAAUAUGGCAUAAUGCUAUUAAAUUUACUAACUGG